AUGGCGCCUCUCAAGAGAUUGCGCAAAGCCUCAGGCCAGCAAGACGAAAUUACAGACGUCACUGAAGCGCGUGCGUCCAUGGCCAACGGCAUGCAGCCGGUAACUACGUCAACAAGCCGGGCAAUCAUCAGCUGGCUAACCGCAGGUCGCAGAGAAAACGAGUCCGGUUAUCAGCAGAGCCUUCGAGCAGUAGAGCAGCAGAGACGAGACGAGACGACGACCCAAUACGAACUUAUGAGAGACAAUGGUUUCCGACACCUCAAGAAUACCGAUUGGGACGACCAGCAAGCCACGCAGAAGCUGAUGCGCCGCACUACGACACAGACGUUUGACAACAACAUGGUCGCUGAGAGUGGCAUUAUUGAAAGCAUCACCUGCUACAACUUCAUGUGCCACGAACGAUUGCAUGUGGAACUUGGUCCCCUCAUCAACUUCAUCGUUGGAGAGAACGGCAGUGGCAAGAGCGCUGUCUUGACGGCUCUUACACUAUGUCUUGGCGGCAAGGCUAGUGAUACCAACAGAGGCGGCAGCUUAAAGUCAUUCGUCAAGGAAGGACGCGAGCAAGGAAGUCUUGUUGUCAAGAUCAAGAACGUUGGAUCCGAUGCAUACCAGCCCGACAUCUACGGAUCGUCCAUCACUGUCGAGCGCCACUUUUCUAAAUCUGGCAGCAGCGGUUUCAAGAUCAAGACGGACCAGGGCAAGGUUGUCUCUACCAAAAAGCAGGAGGUCGACGAAAUCUCGGAGUGGUAUGCCUUGCAGAUAGGGAACCCCCUGACAGUCCUCUCCCAAGAUAAUGCGAGACAGUUCCUCAAUGCCGCAAGCCCAGCGCAAAAGUACAAGUACUUUGUUUCUGGUGUCCAACUGGAGCAGUUGGAUAAUGACUACAAAAUGUCGCAAGACACAUUAGACAAGACGCUUAUACUCCGAGAAGAUCUCGAUGAGAAGAUAGCCCAUGUUAAAAAGGAAAUGGACGAUGCUCAACGACUUGCCGAGAUAGCCCAGAAGAACCAAGGCCUUCGCGAGAAAGCGAGACACUAUAGAAACCAGCUUGUUUGGUCGCAAGUCGUCGAGCGGGAAAGAGAGCUAGAGCAGCGCAACGCUGAUUUGAACAGGCGCGACGAGGAGCUCAUCACCUGGGAGGCUGACUGCGAAAAGGCGACAGACGCCCUCACAAAGGAGGAAGAGAAGCUGGCUCGGGUUCAAGAGGCCCGAGAAGCUCUCGGCAAUGAAGAAAACACUUUUGAGGAGAAAAUGUUGGAGGCAGAGGCUGCGUGGAAUGAUGCCAAAAGGAAGCAAACAGAACUGCAGCGCGAAGAGCGAGAUGCUCACAUGCGGUUGAGAACUCUCCGGACAGACAUACAGUCAUGUGAGAGCAAGAUCAAGGAGGAAGAAAACCGACUGGAUGGUGCAUCAGGCUCUGCACGCGCGCAGAAAGACCAAGAGCUCUCCGAGGCGCAAGCGCAGGAGAAGAGAGUGAACGAACAAAUUAGCGAAGCCAAGGCCAAGACGUCAACGUAUUACGAAAAAAUAACAGCAGCCAAGGAAGCUGCAAAGCGAGCAGAUCAAUUUCUCCAACAAAAGAAAAAGGAGGUGGUCGUGGCGCAAAGGGGCGUCAAAGAUCUCGAGCAGAGCAGCGGCUCAGCCCUUGACGGAUAUGACCCAGACCUCAUCAAACUGGCCAAGGCCAUUGAGAAGGAAAGCGGGUUUGAAAGCAAGCCUCUAGGUCCCCUUGGCACCCAUGUUACUCUCCGAAAGCCUGAAUGGUCUGGCAUCCUCGAAAAGACCUUUGGUGAGAAUUUGAAUGCGUUUGUUGUGAAGAGUAAGAGGGACCAUACGAAAUUGUCAAACUUAAUUCAGCGAAUUGGCCUAAGAAAACAACCACCCAUUUAUAUUGCGUAUGGAGGCACAAUUGACACCAGUGCCCAGGAGCCAGAUGGCGAAUUUGAUACCAUCCUCAGAGUGCUGGCAUUCGACAAUGAGCUCGUUCGAUCUCAGCUUGUCAUCAAUAACCAGAUCGAAAAGGUCAUCCUAGUAAAGGAUCGUAUCGAAGCGGAGCGGGUAAUGAUCGAUAACAACGGUCCUCCCCGAAACGUGGUGGCGUGCAUCUGCUUCCACGAUGGCAAAGGGAAACGCGGCCACGGACUGAGAAUAACAAACCGUUUCGGAACAAUAGGCACAAGUCCUAUUACACCGACCAACCUAGCUCCUCGAAUGCAGUCAGAUUCUGCUCAGCGGCUUGUUGUGCAGAAGGAGAACCUCAGGCAGCUAGGCUUGGAGGUGAAGGAUUUGAUAGCUGAGGAGCGGCAAGCACGCCAGCAAUUGGAUGGCUGUGAAGCUGAUCUCAAAUCUCACCUGACCGCACUCAAGGGUUUGGAAAGUGAUAAUCGCCGAAUUCAGGCGGACAUUCAGCGGAUAUCACUAGACCUAGAUGCAUUCGAGGGCGUCGAUGGACGUCUUGUUGCGCUGCGGGAGGAGCGCGAAGCGAAGCAGACCGAAGAGGAGCAGCUUGGUCUGCAGUAUGGUAACUUGAAAUUAGAAAAGCGAGAGCUAAGCAAGAAGGCGGAAGAGGCCAAGGCACGCCUUGAUGCCGAAAAGGAUGUGCGUAAGGAUCACCAAAGCCGCGUAGCCAAGGCAGACGACAAAGUCAAGAAACACGAAGCGUUUCGGAAGAUUGCACUCGCUCAAAAGAAUGCCGCCUUUGAGAGGUGGGAUAUCGAGAAGUCCGAGAGGCGGCGAGCAGAGGCCAGGCGUGACCAGAAGAUUGCCGAGGUGGCCGACUUUAUCCAGCAAGCAGAGCAAGUGUCGCCGGAUCGUGUUCAUAUCCCUGAAGACGAAACAUAUGCAAGUCUUGAGAUCAAAUACCAAAAGGUUUGCGAGCAGCUGGCACAGCGAGAGGCUCGACAAGGGGCCACAGACCAACAGAUUUACGACCGAGCUGUCGAGGCCAGAACGCGGUACGAGGAUGUGAUGAAGAAGACAAGAGACGUGGACGACACUAUUGCGAGUCUGAAACAAGCCAUUGAGCACCGACUUCACCUAUGGAGACAGUUCCAGAGGCAAAUUAGCGCUCGAAUACGAAUUCAGUUCAGUUAUCUUUUGAGUGAGCGUGGGUUCAGAGGCAAGAUCGACAUUGACCACCAGGCCAGGAAGGUAAACCUCCAGAUUGAGCCUGACAAGACUCGAAAGAGCUCAUCAGGCCGCAACACUAAGACGUUAUCUGGAGGCGAAAAGUCAUUCUCGUCAAUAUGCAUGCUUCUCUCCGUGUGGGAAGCAAUUGGAUCACCAAUACGAUGUCUGGAUGAGUUCGACGUCUUCAUGGAUAAUGUUAACCGAGCAAUUAGUACCAACAUGCUGGUGGAUGCUGCUCGACGAUCAGUAUCGCGACAAUACAUCUUGAUCACGCCGAAUGCUAUUGAGGGCCGUGCUCGGCUGGAUAAAGACGUCAAGAUUAUUCGCUUGACCGAUCCCCGCCAACGAACCCUCAUCUAGAGCCAGCGCCUGCCACUCAUGGCCGGCCUGUGAACAUACUUUGUGGGCAAGGUGUAAUGAAUAGUUUGCGCAAUAAUGCUGGGACGCCAUUCAUUCGUGGGCGGUAAAAAACAAUAGGCGAUGGUGUAUAUACAUAAAAUGGUGGCGAGCAAACUCGUUGGGAGUUGGGAGCCUUGAGAUGCUGAUACUAUUGUACAUGACUCUUAUGAUUUAAUUAGACAGGGAUGAGGAUGUGGCUUGGGGGCGGAUUUUGUGUCUAGAACGUCAGAUAGGGACGCCCUUGCUUCUCAAGACAUUAACGCCUGCAUUAAGCGUAAAGCCAACCCAUUGGCCUACGGCUCCUACGGUGCCCCCCACAGAUUGGACCUCUCCCAGCCUUCGAUGCAAGAACUGUCUUGUCUCGAAAAAGGACGGCGAUCUGUCGUUGGUCAUGAAGAGCUCACUGGAGCUGUAGACCAUGGAGAGAGCCGCCCGCUUGGUGUACCACGACGGGUCGACGGCCUUGUCGCCCGCCAGGAACCAGAUGUCGUCGGACAGGGCAGCCAGCUCAGCCAGCGACUUGGGCAGAUGGCUGGGCUGCGCCAUGAUGGCCAGGGCCUCCUGCCACCUGUGUAUGAUGUCCUUGUUGCCCACCAGUCGCUCCCAUGUCAAGGCAGCCACCUUGUCAUUGACGGUGGCGAGCGAAUCAUCCUUGAGCAGCUCGCGGCUCUUGUCAGCCAGUCUCUCGCGCUGCGCAACCAGGUGGUAGCGUAUCAGGCUGAACUGGCCGUCGGGCAGGAUGCUGGAGCUGAUAUCAGGGUAGCCGGCAUCGCGGGCGCCAAGGCCAAUGGCGCGGAGAGAGAAUCCAUGCUCAGGGACGUGCUUGUAGGCGGCGGCCAGGAUAGACCUGUCGACGGUGCCAAAUGGCGGCGUUGAUGGAUGG